AUGUCGAUCAGAGAUUGUUCUCUCGCUUCAGAAGAUCCCAGCGAUCGUAUUUCCUACCAACUCAAGACACAUGUUUUGACGGAAAAGGGUCUAGAAACAGAGGGCAAUAUUUGGGCGAUGACGGAAAGGAUCGGCCUUUUGAGCUUGUUCAAUACCCUCAAGUUUCCAAAAGGCGAAGGAGACAGGCUGAAGUCAAUCUUUCUCAGGGUGGAAGUUUCCAAUGGUAAUAUUGACGCGAAGCUACGCGACGACAUUGAGGAACUUGCGAUCUGGGCGACGUGGUCAGUGAUUCGAUGCCUGCAUGCUAGUACCAAGUACCACCAUCUUGUAAUGGUGAUGUACGAUUGGUUCAAGUGCUUUGCCACGAUUAACAUAGGUCCAAAAACUUCUGUUGUUGGCGAAAAUGAGAUAGUUCGCUUUGACGACACACUUUCCUCAGACUGUUUCCAGGCCAAUGGGAGUGGUAUUGAAUGCUUCUGGAUCUUGAACCGCUUUUUCAAGCACGGCUGCAUUUAUGCUGGCCGACUUGAGAAUGCAGAUCCUGAUGGACCCUUAACCGCUGUCUUUGACUGCGACAGCCCUGAAGACAUAUUCACACCUCUAAUUAUCUCAUUGUCAGAUUCAGUCAAAUUACGACAAGAGCCUGUGUCUUUCAUUGUAGUGAAGCAAGAAAGUUCCACGCAACAACAGGUUCUUUGUUGUAAGCGGCUGUGCGAGGGGUUUGGCAAACCCCUCGGGAAGAUACGACACACAAUAGACAGUGCUGCUUAGCAUGGAAUAUCAAUUCAGACUCCACUCAAGCACCUUUCGGUGCAGAUAUGCGGAGAGAACCAGAAGAGGAUCAGACUGUGGGGAAAUUGUUGGAGGAAAACAACGAGUUUCAGCUUGAUCUUCCAACGCUCGACAAAACUCCUCUGAGGCUCCCGCUCAAGUCCGGCAUGCCAAGCCACCCCUAUGAGUCGACCACUCAUUGCAGUGCCUGUGAUUGCUCCAUAGUGAACACUGAUUACAGAGCCUGUAAGGCUUGCGAUGUGACAAUCUGCAAUAUCUGCCAUCUCAAAGGCUUAGGAUGUGCGAAAGCACAUGAGCCUCGCCAUAUGAUUGUUCUCGAGACCUUGGAGCUUCCAGUCGAAUGUUCUCUAUACAUUUGCAUUUUUCAGAAGAAUUUGCCAGCUUUGAAGCGACUGCUUCAACUCAGAUAUAUCAAGUAUACAGCCAAGGACAAAAAGUUGUUGGACAUCGCAACUAUACCCGAGAACGCAGAGUACCUCAGGGCCUUGCUAGAUGCAGGACUAGUCCAUAUUGUGGACGAUUUAGGCAAAACUGCUCUUCACAGAGCUGCUGAAGAGGGCAAAUUAGCAAUUGUCAAUGUUCUCCUCGAAGCACAGUCGGAUACUACCACACAAGAUAAUUUUGGUGAGACACCAUUACAUUACGCAGCCGAAAAUGGGCAUUUGGCAGUCGUACAAUGUCUCUGCGAGCAUGUCGUACAAGGCGAUAUUCGAGAUAGAAGUAAUCGCAGCGCGUAUAUAUGUGCCAACUCAAAUAAUCAUGCCAUGGUUUGUGAGUAUCUAGAGUCUCAAGGUCUGGCUUAUCUGUGA